GAUGUGGCCUGCCAAUUGACAACCUGUUUUUCAUUUGUGUGUGGUAGCUCUUCAUCUUCUUCUACUUCCCGUAACUUCACUUGGCUUUUUUUGGGUCGUUCGUUGCCAACAGUCUUGUUCUUCCUUUCCUUUCCCUUUCCUUUUCCUUUUUUAUUGCCUCUGCUUUUCACUUGAACAUCUUACUUCCUGCUGCUUGGUACAAGUGUUAAGCUUGCUCUUGAUCCUCUCAUGGCUACAGAAACUGCUGCAUCACAUCAUGUUCCUACCACUGAUGACGAGCAAGUUGAAAAGAAGGUGCGUGAAGAAGAAAAGGCUUCUGAAAAGGAAAAUGUUUCUUUACCCCAAGGAAGUGGAGAAGAAAUAACCAAAACUGAGGAUGCAGCAAGUCUAGCAACACCAGCUGAGUCUGAAGGUGUUGAUCAUAAGAAGAUUGAGCCUCCUGUAGUUGAAGCCAUUGAGAAAACUAAUGGUGCUCCUGUGCCAGAUGUUAAGGUGGAAAAUGAAUCCAUUCCUGAUUCACAAACACCCGCUAUUCCAAAGCAAGUGGCUGAUGCUGCUGAGAGCCCAAUAGAGGUUAAGACAAACAUUGACUCUGUAGUAGGAGAAGCACCAAAAGAACCAUCAGUAGGUAUCAUUGAAAUAGGCCAAGUGGAGCAACCAAAGAUAGUUGAUGCUCCUCAAUCAUCAGUUGAAGCCAUUGAGAAAACUAAUGGUGCUCCUGUGCCAGAUGUUAAGGUGGAAAAUGAAUCCAUUCCUGAUUCACAAACACCCGCUAUUCCAAAGCAAGUGGCUGAUGCUGCUGAGAGCCCAAUAGAGGUUAAGACAAACAUUGACUCUGUAGUAGGAGAAGCACCAAAAGAACCAUCAGUAGGUAUCAUUGAAAUAGGCCAAGUGGAGCAACCAAAGAUAGUUGAUGCUCCUCAAUCAUCAGUUGAAGCCAUUGAGAAAACUAAUGGUGCUCCUGUGCCAGAUGUUAAGGUGGAAAAUGAAUCCAUUCCUGAUUCACAAACACCCGCUAUUCCAAAGCAAGUGGCUGAUGCUGCUGAGAGCCCAAUAGAGGUUAAGACAAACAUUGACUCUGUAGUAGGAGAAGCACCAAAAGAACCAUCAGUAGGUAUCAUUGAAAUAGGCCAAGUGGAGCAACCAAAGAUAGUUGAUGCUCCUCAAUCAUCAGUUGAAGCCGUUGAGAAACCAAAGGAGUCAGUAGCAACAGUCCUAAAAGAGAUUAAAGACUCAGAGCCAGAGCUUGCUAUUGCAAAAGUGGAGGAAAAACCAAAAGACCAAUCUGAAUUUUCUCAAGUAGAGAAAAACCACGAUGAGGAGCCUGAAGAGCGCAUGCAGGAUGAAACGGUGAAAGAUGAAGGGCCUGUAGCUGACAAGGUUGAGCAUAUCACAUUCUUGGAGCAAGGGAAAAUUGAAACGGUCAAUACACCUAGUCUAGCAGUGGAGGAAGAACCAGAACAACCUAAACUUACAGCAGAAGAGAAGAAAUAUGAUGAAGUUGAGCCUGGGAAAAGUGUGGAGGAUGAAAGAUUAAAAGAUGAAGGAUCUUUGAUUGGUAAGGUUGAGGAGCCCACAUUCCUGGAAGAAGGGAAAACUGAUAAAGACGAUAAGCCUAGUCUAAUCGGAAGUCCAGAAGAGGCUUCACUUAGUCGGGAGGCUCAAAUCAAGCUACAAGAUGAAGGGGAUUCUUCUCUACCUGAAGUCACAGAAAAGAUCACUACUGAGGACCAAAAGAAAGAAUCAAGUGGGGUUGAUGUGGUUGAGAAGCUAGCAGAAGAGGCAGCAGUGGAGACUGAAAAGGUUGGAAAAGAGAAUGUGGAGACAGGAAAGGUUGAAAGGGAGAAUGUGGAAACUGAAGAUUCAACUCAACCAAUUAAUGAAGACCAAAAGAAGGAAAUAAGUGGGGUUGAUGUGGUUGAGAAGCUAGCGGAAAAGGCAGUGGAACUGGACACGGUUGGAGAAAAGGAGGUGGAGACUGAAGACAAUGUAAAGGAAACUAUAGAGGAUGAAAAGAAAGAAUUAAAUGGGGCUGAUGUAAUUGACAAGCAAACAGAAGAGGCAGAGGUGAAGUUCGAAAAGGUUGAAGGAGAGAAUGUGGCAAAGAAUGUUGAAACUGAAGAUAAUGAAAAGAGGAAUGUUAUAAGUGAGGAUUUAGCUAAACCGAUUGAAGAGGAGCAAAAGAAAGAAGUUGGUGGGGUUGAUGUGGUUGAGAAGCUAGCAGAAGUGGCGGCAGUGAAGUUGGAAAAUGUAGAGAAUGUUAUAAGUGAGGAUUCAAGUCAACCAAUUGAAGAGGAACAAAAGAAAGAAGUGGGUGGGGUUGGUGUGGUUGAGAAGCUAGCAGAAGUGGCAGCAGUAAAGUUGGAACAUGUAGGGGAAGAGAAGGUGGAAAAGAAUGAUGUAAUUGAAGAGAAUAAAAAGAUAAAUGUGAUAACUGAGGAUUCAACUCAACCAAUUCAAGAGGACCUAAAGAAAGAAUUAAGUGGGGUUGACGUGGUUGAGAAGCUAGCAGGAGAGGCAGUGGUGGAAAUAGAAAAGUCUGGAGAAGAGAAUGAAACAAAGAAUGUGAAACUUGAAGAAAACGAAAACAGAAAUGUGAUUAACGAGGUUUCAACACAACCACUUGAAGAGGAGGUCAAGAGCUCUAUUUCUCCCCCUGAAGUUAUAGAAAAAUCAUUUGAGGAAGCUGAGAAAUAUGUUGAACCUGCAGUGGAAAAUGAAAGAGCAGAACAGAUAAAAGAUGAGACUCCAGCUAAAGUUGAAACCAAGAAAGAUGAGAGUGUGGAGGAAAAGCAAGAUGAAGUUACUAGAGCUGUUGAUGAACCACUUAAAGAUUCCAAGCAAUCUGAGUCAGAAGUAAAGGGAGAGGAUAAAUUGGAGGAAAAGGAGGAUGAAACAGAUGCUGGUAAAUUGGAAAAAGUCGAUGAUGAUGUUGCAAAAUCUAAACAGAAUAUAGAGCCUCCUCCCACCAAGGAUGGUGAUCAAACAAAACCCUCCCAGGACCUGCCAAAAGAAGUUCCAGUUAAGCCCUCUCAGAAACAGUCAAAUACCAUUUUGUCGAAGGUAAAGCAGUCACUGGUGAAGGCAAAGAAGGCAAUCAUUGGGAAAUCUCCAAGCUCCAAAAACCAUGCCUCUGGAACCAAGGAUGAUAUUAAAGUCAAAUAAUGAGAUGGAAUAUUAGUUUGCAUAUAUCACUUAUUGUCUCUUCCCUCAUUCUUGUGAUGUUUAUAUGAUUGUGGGCUCCCCCCCCUGGUGUUGCUGCUCACUCUCAGCUCAUGGCUUGUGUUUUGAUGGUAAAAGAAUGUGUGCAUAUAGAACAUAUAGGCUCCUGCCAGACUCCGUAGUGUAAAGUGGUGUGUAUAUUGUUAGUAUCUUCCCCUCUUGACACUUGAUUUGAGUUGUAAAUUGUAAGUACUGUCUCUGUGUUGGUGCUUGAUGUUAUCGCCAAGAAAGAAGUUUAAUAUCGUGAAAAAUGGAAUGUGGAUUUAUGUUCAAGUUUCAAUCAUCA